GGAGGCAAGAUUUGGACCUGCAGCUUUGGCUUUCCCCCUUGGCCAGCCCUGGGCUACCUGUCCCCCACUUUGCAACCCUAUCGUGGCACCUGAGCCCCCAAGCCCUUUCCUGCCUUUUGAUUUCUUCCACUCAGUCUGUGUGUGUCUCUCCCUCUCUCCCACUUUUCCUCCCUCUCCUGCUUCGUCUCACGCGCACCCUCUGUUUAUUUUCCUGCCUCCAUCUGGGCCCUGCUGAUAUUGUAAUCACCCUGAUGCACGUUGGCUUCUCUCCUCUCCCUCCUGCGCUCACACACUCACUCACACACAAUGUGCCAUCCUGACAAGCCUUUUACUUCUGAUAAGCUCCGAUGUGUGUUUAAUGAAUACAAAGCCGCGGUCUGGGUGCCGCCUUGGCUGUGGCCGCUCUCCUGUGCUCCUUUGCCAGAAGCUGGUGGAGAGAAUUUACAUUUAAAGAUUAGCAGAGGAAAAAAGAGAAAUCUGCCUUUUGUUGUGUGGGGUGAGGAAGGAGGCAUCAGCCUGGGCCUGGCCGCUAUCUCCCAUCACCUCUGCUAUCCAGACAGGACUCACCGAGAUCGGACUGAGAAACACUCCACGAUGCCAGACUCACCUGUGGAUGUGAAGACCCCAUCUAGGCUGACUCCUCCCACAAUGCCACCUCCCCCAACAACUCAAGGAGCUCCAAGAACCAGUUCAUUUACACCAACAACAUUAACUAAUGGCACCAGCCAUUCACCCACAGCCUUGAAUGGCGCCCCCUCACCACCCAAUGGCUUUAGCAAUGGACCUUCUUCUUCUUCCUCUUCUUCUCUGGCCAAUCAACAGUUGCCCCCAGCCUGUGGCGCCAGACAGCUCAGUAAACUGAAGCGGUUCCUUACUACCCUGCAGCAGUUUGGCAAUGACAUUUCACCAGAGAUAGGAGAAAGAGUCCGUACUCUUGUGCUAGGACUGGUGAAUUCUACUUUGACAAUUGAAGAAUUUCAUUCCAAACUGCAAGAAGCUACUAACUUCCCACUGCGACCUUUCGUCAUCCCAUUUUUGAAGGCCAAUCUGCCCCUGUUGCAGCGUGAGCUCCUCCACUGCGCACGGCUGGCCAAACAGAACCCUGCCCAGUACCUCGCCCAGCAUGAACAGCUGCUUCUGGAUGCCAGCACCACCUCACCUGUUGACUCCUCAGAGCUGCUUCUCGAUGUGAACGAAAACGGGAAGAGGCGAACUCCAGACAGAACCAAAGAAAAUGGCUUUGACAGAGAGCCUUUGCACUCAGAACAUCCAAGCAAGCGACCAUGCACUAUUAGCCCAGGCCAGCGAUACAGUCCAAAUAAUGGCUUAUCCUACCAGCCCAACGGCCUGCCUCACCCUACCCCACCUCCACCUCAGCAUUACCGUUUGGAUGAUAUGGCCAUUGCCCACCACUACAGGGACUCCUAUCGACACCCCAGCCACAGGGACCUCAGGGACAGAAACAGACCUAUGGGGUUACAUGGCACACGUCAAGAAGAAAUGAUUGAUCACAGACUAACAGACAGAGAAUGGGCAGAGGAAUGGAAACAUCUUGACCAUCUGUUAAACUGCAUAAUGGACAUGGUGGAAAAAACAAGGCGAUCUCUCACCGUACUAAGGCGAUGUCAGGAAGCAGACCGAGAGGAACUGAAUUACUGGAUCCGACGGUACAGUGAUGCCGAGGACUUAAAAAAGGGCGGCAGCAGUAGCAGCAGUCAUUCCAGGCAGCAGAGUCCUGUCAACCCAGACCCAGUUGCAUUAGAUGCUCAUCGGGAAUUCCUUCAUAGGCCUGCUUCUGGAUAUGUGCCAGAGGAGAUCUGGAAGAAAGCUGAGGAGGCUGUCAAUGAGGUGAAGCGCCAGGCUAUGACUGAACUGCAAAAAGCGGUGUCUGAGGCUGAGCGGAAAGCCCACGACAUGAUCACAACAGAGCGAGCCAAGAUGGAGCGCACAGUCGCUGAGGCCAAGAGGCAGGCGGCUGAGGAUGCGCUCGCUGUCAUCAAUCAGCAGGAGGAUUCGAGCGAGAGCUGCUGGAAUUGUGGCCGUAAAGCGAGUGAAACCUGCAGUGGCUGUAACACAGCUCGAUACUGUGGCUCAUUUUGCCAGCACAAAGACUGGGAGAAACACCACCACAUCUGUGGACAGACCCUGCAAGCCCAGCAGCAGGGGGACACACCCGCAGUCAGUUCCUCCGUCACGCCCAAUAGCGGGGCUGGGAGCCCAAUGGACACACCACCAGCAGCCACUCCAAGGUCCACCACCCCGGGAACCCCUUCCACCAUAGAGACAACCCCACGCUAGACAUGAGCUCAGAACUGUCAGAGGAAAGACAACACAACCAACAUGAAACCAAUUCCUCAUCCUCAGAUGCUCAAAGUCCUGUUUUUUUCUUUUUCUGUUUGUUUAUAGAUGAACUAUCCUAUUUCAGUACUUCAGCAAGAGAGAACCUAAUUGUAUCUUGAGGCAGUAGUAAAACAGUGGGCCAGUAACGGGUCGUAAUGACUUAUUGUGGAUAACAAAGAUACCUUUUCCUUAGAGAACUGAAAAGAGAGCAGAGAAUAUAACAUGGAAUGAUAGAUUUGACCUCCUCCCUGUUAUUUUCCAGUAGCUGGGAUUUUAAACUAGAUGACCUCAUUAACCGAUGCUUUACCAAACAGCAAACCAAGAGAUUGCUAAUUGCUGUUGAAAGCAAAAAUGCUAAUAUUAAAAGUCACAAUGUUCUUUAUAUACAAUAAUGGAAAGAAAAAAAAAAAGAAAAACCCUCAAGGGCAUGAGCAUUGGCUACAGCGGUAGACAUUUUAACAAGAAGAUGAAUGGCGUCCGUGGGUUGCUAACUGAACUUUGAAGACCCGCUACAAAACGCACAGAUGUGUAGCAUAUUGGAAGGAGACACAGAUGUCGUUUUUUCUUUCUUUCUUCCUUUUUUUUUUUUUCUGUUUCUGAAAAGAAGUAAUAAUAUCCAGGUCAACAGAAUGAAAAAUGAAAGAUGAUUUGCAGUGGGAUGUAUGAAUACAGCAGCAAGAAAAAAAAUGCCAUAACACAAAGGCUCCUUUUUAUAUAUAUGUAUGUAUACACACACAGAAGUAAGAGACUCAGCCUGCAGUUAAUUAGCAUUCUAGCAGCUUUGACAUCAGCCAGCUGCCCUAAAUAACCCUUCAAUAUUUCUUCACUUUUGCAAGGUUCCACAGAGUAAGACAUUGGGUCUAUUCCAGCUCAUUCAUUUUAUAUUGAAAAGUAAUUUUACAAAAAAAAAAAAAAUGGUGGCUUCAGCUCCAGCCCCUUGCCAGAUUUUUUUUUUCAACCCCACCCUGUUUGGAUUUUUAAUUAAAACCUAGUAGUUCUCUUGGUGUUAAAACACUUCUGUCCUGUGAGGUUUCCCAAUGGUGUUUUUCUUGUAAAUGUGUUGGACAAAUGUGAAGAUGCAUUGUAGUUUAACCAUAUGCCCACAUUUAGUCUCUUUAUUACUAGUUGGUGAGAAACCUGUAUCUUUCUAUGCUGCUUUUAUAUCUGUAUGUAUUAGUGAUAUUUCUCUAGUAGUUAAAAAAAAAAAAAGAUUCCUUUUUUGAUUGUCCUCAAGAAAAGAAAAGAAAAAAGGCUAUCUUUUGGAGCUGCUAUUUCACUCUCUUAUAGGAUUUUUUUUUUUCCUGAAAACCAGCAUGCUUCACGGAAUGCUAACAUAUUGGUGUUUUUGUAAGAGGGAUGUACAUAAAUGUAUUUUGCACUGUCACAAUGACUCCCUAGGCAUGCUUUUUUUUUUUUUGAGCAAACUCUUUUUAAAUAUACUAGAACCAUUUCACCAAGUUUAACUGUAGCAUAGACUAGUAGAGAAAUUUUUCUUUUUUCUUUUCUUUUUUUUUUUUUUUUUGAAAAAAAUCAUUAUUAGGGACUUUUUUAAAAAAUAAAAUAACAAGAUAUCCUACUUAAAAAAAAAGACAGUGCAUGCAUAUUGCUGUAAGGUUGUUUAAGUAUUUCUAAUUUUACAAAAAAUAAAAAUAAAAAGAUAAAUCAUUAGAGCUCCAAAUGCUGAGGUGUAGACUGACAGCUUUAACACUGCUGAAUGCCAGGUUAUACAGUAUUAUUACAAAAAGGGAAGUCAGCCAAAGACUGAUCUGAUGGACCAAAAUCGGAAUUUUGAAAAGCACCAAUACUGCUUUUCCAAAUGAUCAGCAGGUUAACCAUAUUCAGCAAAGUAUAGCAUGAAUCCAUUAACCCUUCGUUGUCCAGGGUCCAGACCAGAACUCCUUGUUAGUUUUGAAAACAAUAGCCCAGGAUGUGGUUGUGUGCUUUAGGAGAAGUCAGCAGUGCCACAGGCAGUGUAGAUAACCAAAGUUCACCAGGCUGGAAAGACACAUCUCUAUACACAUCCACACAUCAGGUAUUUAUUUACAAAUCAAAAAUGAAUCAUUUGCUUUAUUUGUUUGGCUAUUAUUAUUGGUGGUUUUUUUUUUUUUUUUAAUGAAGCCCUGAGAUACAGUUUUAAGUGGCUCUUAAGUAUCUACUUAGAGGCAGUCCUGAAUUGGUUCAUUUUAUGUCUCUUAACAUUUUUAGCAUUUCUGUAUUGCACCCAUGAGUUGGUCUUAGUUUGGGAUGAUGUUAUGUCUUUUAAAUGGCUAUUUAGUUUAGAAUGUUCCAAUGAGCAAACAAAUACACCUAUCUGCAUGUUGGAAGUCCACCUGCCAGCACACCUGCUUAAAGUAAAAUGAAAGCACAUAACCAGGUUCUGAAUGGGUUAUAUUUUAUCAUGGUGCUCCCAGAAUCCUUUGACCUCACUCUGCUUUCUAGUCUGCUUGUGACACUGGACAGUCCUUUCUUACAGAGCUAUUAUAUGUUCUAGGCUACGAAGGGUUAAAAUAAUCCCAAAAAUGAGGUAUGUCAUACCCACACGUCUUUAUCUCUAGAAGCUGUGAUGUAUGUGAAACAGCACUGUUAUUCUUAACACUAGUGUGUAAAAUAAGGAUUAGUACAGUAUGUCUCAUUACUUUUUAAUUCAGGGCACCCUGAGU